UCUUUAAUACUAUCUCCAUCCCCACAGCUACCCGCCAAUUCUAAGUCAUUACGUACACCAUUUCUCUCUCUCUUUUUCUUACCUUUCGUGAUGACCAGCUCCACCAGCAGCUCGAAAAGCAGGAACCCGAGCUCAGGCUUACGAUCAACGCCGGACCGAUUUGCUAACUCUCCUUGCUUUUCGUCCUACUCUGCACCACCUGACUCUCGGAAACCCGAUUCAGGUCGGAAUCCAUUAACGGUUGCCGCCCGGUCCAUUGCUGGAGCUUUUAUAUCCUGUUUUACACCGCCGGAGACAACUGAAAGCAAGAAUUUAAAAGUAUCAAAAGAGUUUGGAGCUCCUUACGUUGCAUCGGAAACAUCAAGAACGACACGGGGUUCGAAUAGAGGAAUUUAUUCCAAUCCAACUAAGGAGAGAGGGCCAGGGAACACGAAAUUCACGAUGGACGAAAUUCUCAAGGCCGCAAGGAACUUCUCCCCUGCUUUCAAGGUCGGGCAAGGCGGAUUCGGAACGGUUUACAAGGGAAAACUUCAUGAUGGAACCCUUGUUGCUAUCAAACGGGCUAAAAAGAGCGUGUAUGAUACGCAUUUGAGUGUGGAAUUCCAAAGUGAAGUAACAACACUGGCACAAGUGGAGCAUUUGAAUUUGGUUAAAUUUUAUGGGUAUUUAGAGCAUGGAGAUGAAAGAAUAUUGGUUGUGGAAUAUGUCCCCAAUGGAACUCUUAGGGAACACUUGGAUGGUGUUAAUGGGAAAGAACUUGAUUUUGCUGCACGGCUUGAUAUAGCCAUUGAUGUGGCUCAUGCAAUUACCUAUCUUCAUAUGUAUACAGAUCACCCAAUUAUCCACAGAGACAUAAAGUCCUCCAACAUCCUCCUUACCGAAACGCUUCGAGCCAAGGUCGCCGACUUCGGUUUUGCUAGGCUGGCUGCCGAUACGGACUCUGGUGCAACCCAUGUGUCAACGCAGGUUAAAGGAACCGCCGGCUACCUGGACCCAGAAUACCUCAGAACCUAUCAACUUACUGAAAAGAGUGAUGUUUAUUCAUUUGGAGUAUUAUUAGUUGAACUAGUCACAGGCAGGCGCCCCAUUGAACCAAAAAGGGAACUCAAUGAGCGGAUAACGCCAAGAUGGGCAAUGAAGAAGUUCACUGAUGGUGAUGCCAUUUCAGCCUUGGACCCUCUGCUAGAACAGACUGUUGGAACUAAUUUAGCCCUAAAAAAGAUUCUCGAACUAGCGUUACAAUGCCUGGCUCCCCGUAGGCAGAGCCGGCCGAGUAUGAGGAUGUGCGGGGAGGUGUUAUGGAGCAUCCGUAAGGACUAUAGAGAACAAUCAGGUUUAGACUUUCGCUCUCCUUCAUCUACUUCUCAAAUGAGUGCCUCAGUUAAUGAAUAAACCCAGGUAUGAUUUGACACAACAUAUUGCAAAUCUUGUUGUCUGAUUGCAUCUGUAUUUCUUAACGUUUUAGUGAAGGAAACAGA